GUACCCCGCGACUGACAGACUAUACGGGAAGAGAGCGAGAGAAGAGCGAGCGAGCCGCACUGUUUGUUGUUCGUUUGCGACGGCAAUAACGCUCGAGUCGAAUCCUGGAAGACUUGUAAUCGUCGAAGCAUGGCGCAUCCACCCCGGCUCGUCACCGCGGGUCUCCUUGCCUGCUGCUACCUCUUUUUGUUCCUGUCUGUGCCCACCGCGUCGGCAAACAAAUGCACAGUCGGUUGCCAUGGAAUGCACUCUGAUGCGUCGUACAAAGAAGGCCAGACGUACACGUACGCGUUAGAAGGUACGUCAGUAACAUCAGUUAGCGAGGGUCAAGGAGAGGCUACGCUAAAGCUCAAAGCCGAUGUUGAAUUGUCCGUAAAGCCCGACUGCAUCAGGCAGAUCAGGCUAAAGAAUGUCCAAGUAAACGGAGCCAACGUGGCUCAGCAAGACCUUGAGAAGCACGCACUCCAGUUCAACUACCACCAUGGGCACAUAGACACGGAGUUGUGCGCCGAACCGGCGGACUCUCAAGCCUCAAUUAACAUCAAAAGGGCCGUAAUCUCUCUGUUCCAGUCCUCGGUUGCACAAGAGGAAGGCUCCACGAGCAGACAUGAGAUUGACGUCCUCGGUGGCUGUGUCACCGAUUUCAACUUCGCCAAAGAAGGCGACCACCAGCUCGUAACAAAGUACCGUGACCUUAACCACUGUUCGAAUAGAGAAAAUAUCAAGCAAGGUCUAUUCUCUGGAAUCACCAACCAAAACGCAGGACUUCAAUCUCUGCCAAUCAUCAAUGCCCACCAGAAGGUCGAGCAACGUUUCAAGAACGGAGUCCUCGACAAGGCUGUGUCCACCGAAACUUACAAACUCCGGCCGUUUAGCAAUGGAGAAGCCGGCGCCAAGACUGUCGUCGAGACUGUGCUCACCUUCAAGGGCCAAAAAGGCGAUAGCCCCACUGCUCCAGUAUCAGUACCAAAGUCCCUUAUCUUUGAAGCUCCCCAUGUCGUCGUCAAAUCCUCGGUCGAAAGUAUCGAGAAGGCUCUUCAGGCCAUACACAAGGAUGAUCAUGAGGCUGUCAAGUCCGAUGAAGCCAAAAAAUUCUCUGAGCUCAUCAGAGUUCUCCGUACAAGCAGUAAGAAAGACAUUCUCACCGUUUACCACAGAAUCAAGGCUGGUGCCGGUUUCGACAAGGAGCGCGACAAGAAGGCACUCCUCGAUGCACUUUACCGCACCGGAACUGGUGAAGCUGCCGAGGUCGUCGUUGAACUCAUCAAAAACAAGGAGAUCACUUCCUUGCAGUCGCUGAUGUAUUAUGCCAGUCUUGCUUUUAUUCAGCAUGUCAAUCUUCCAUCUGUCACUGCCAUCUCUACUCUUUUGGAUCAACCCAAUCUCUCGCGCAUUGGAUACCUCGGAAUCGGUCAAAUUAUUGGUAGAUUUUGCAGCCAACACGCGUGCGAAAAUGUUCCCGAGAUCAAGAGUGCAAUUGAAAAAAUUUCUGCGAAGGUCAAGGAUGGCAAAGCUAACAACCGUCAAGAUGAAGAUAUCAUCAUUGCCGCUCUCAAGGGUCUUGGUAAUGCCAAAUAUAUGGACGAAAGUACUCAAACCAAACUGGCCAAUAUUGCUACCGAUAAAAUGGUACGUAACCGCAUUCGUGUUGCUGCCAUCGAAGCCCUGCCAACCAAGUGCGCCAUGAAAUGGAAGAGUACCCUCGCUAAGAGCUUUACUGAUCAGGAGGAAGACAGCGAAAUCAGGAUCAAGAUUUACCUGUCUUACAUCGCUUGCCCGUGCAAUAAGGUCGUUGGUAUCGUCAAAGACACUCUCGAUAAAGAAAGGAUAUACCAGGUUGGUUCCUUCAUUCAGAGUCACUUAAGGAAUCUUCGCGCUACUGCUGAUCCUUAUAAACAGAACGCCAAAGCUUACUUUGGUCAGAUAAGACCACGCACCAAGUUCCCCGAAGACUUUCGCAAGUUUUCUGCCAAUGAUGAAAUUUCAUACGACAUUAAUGCGUUCGGUUUCGCUUCCACUGCUGAAAGCAACGUAAUUUUUAGUCAAAACAGUUUCGUACCACGCUCAGCUAGUGUCAAUCUUACCACCGAAAUUUUUGGUCACUCAUUCAACUUCUUCGAGUUAAAUGCACGCGCUGAAAAUCUUGACCGUAUGAUUGAACACUUCUUUGGACCCAAGGGUGUCAUUCCCAGUCAAAAACCGGCUAACGUCGUGCGCGACGGUAUCGUCGAGCUCACCGGUCUUUCGAAGUAUAUUAAAGAGCGCCUUGAGAAAAGCGCGCGCGGAAAACGUGAAGUCAAACAAGCCGAUCUCGACAAAUUCGCAAAGGGUGUUCAACUUCGCACUAAGGAAGUUGAUGAAGAUUUAGAUCUUGACUUGUCUAUCAAGCUCUUCGGCGUUGAACUUGCCUUCUUGAGUUUCGGUGGAUCGGAUCAGAAAUACACUGCCCAACAGAUUGUCGAUAAGAUCUUUGAUCACUUUGAUCAAAGCGUCAACAAACUCAAGAACCUCAACUACGACAUUGAAAAUCACGUUCAUUUUCUCGAUGCUGAAUUUGUUUACCCGACUGGUUUGGGUAUAGCUCUCAACCUUGGAAUUGCUGGUUCUAGCGUCAUCCGUUCCAAAACUCACAGCAAAAUCGACAUUCCAUCAAUCCUUCAAGAUCCCAAGAAUGCAGCUAUCAAGAUUGCUGUUGAGCCAAGCGCUUCCAUCGAAUUCGUUGGAGACCUGAAAGUCACAGACGGUUUCGGUACUGAAUCUGGUAUGAGAGUCGUUACCACUCUUCACACUGCUACUGGCUUUGAUCUCAAUGUCAAAGUCCUCGAUGGUAAUGGUGUCGACAUCACCUUGGGCGUGCCAAAGAGAAAGCAAGAGAUAAUAAGGGUGUCCAGUGAUGUUCUCUAUAACAACGGUAAGGUAGACAAAUAUAUGCCCGUCAAGUUCAGUAAAGGCGUUGAGCGCGAGGCCUGUUUUGAGCAGUUCAAUGCUCCUUUGGGACUUACCAUUUGUGGUCACCUUUCUUAUCCGUACGAAAACUUUGCUAUUAUGCAAAAGAAACCGUUCUAUCCUCUGAAUGGGCCUGCCAAGUUUUAUGUCACUAUUGAGAACAACGAUGUCUCAAGCUACCAUCUUAAAGCGUUCGCCAAGAAAGGCUACGAGAACCACGACUAUGCAUUUGAAUUCCUUGUGGAAACACCCAAUAGCCGAACCAACCGAUAUAUUAAACUUGCCGGACAAGCUACUCUCGCACCUCUGCCAAGAGCCAAAAUUGAAUUUGACUCACCCAUUAAAAAGGCUUCGGCUGAGGCCGUUAUCAAUGCAGAUGCUAAGGAACACAGUUUCUCUGUUACUGUAAAGAAUGAUAACACUGCAUAUUUCACUCGCAUUGGAGUAGAAAGUGUGGGCGGUAACAAGUACAAGCCUGUUCUUGAGUACAAGGUUCCCGAACAGCUUCAAAAACUUGCAGGCAAAGCGGGAGACCAGAGUACCGAAGUAAAGGGGACUGUAGAAGUUGCAGAUCACGACGGCGGUAAAAAGUAUGUUUUCAAUGAUGUACAACUGCUAGCCAACGGCCAUAAAAUUUUGGGUCUUGAUGGUAAUGCUGCUUCUACACCCAAAGCACUCGAUGUUGACUUGAAUCUCAGCUAUGCUGAUGACAAGGUUGGAAUCAAGGUUGAUGGAAAGAAACUCGCCCCGAAACAUUACACUUUAACUGCCUCCAUUAUACCGUCCAAGAGUCCAUCUGCUUCAUUGGGGGUUGACUGGGAGCUCAACAUUCAGAAAUCGACAAUUGACCACAAGCUUUCCUUAACUCAGGGUGCUGAUCUCAAGUCUGAGACUGACCGUCUCAAACUUGACCAGCAUGCCGAAUUUGAUAGUAAUGUAGAGAAAUUUAUCUUGUCUGCCAAGAACAAACUCACUUACCCACGAGUAGGUUUAGUGGCUGAGCUCAACGGUGAAGUUACUAAAAAGACUCUUAAAUAUGAUGCCGAACUUAAGUACGGUAAAUUUAAGUUUGGCUCUGAACUGGAUGCUAAAAUCAAUCAAAACAAACCAGGUGAUUAUGCCAUCGAUUUCGAAGCUGAGGUUUUGGAAAACAAGCUUGAGUUUGACGCUAAGAAGACUGUUCUGGAUGAAUUCAAGAGUAAAUAUGAAAACUCGCUGAAAAUGACUCCCGGCGGUACUUACAAAGCUGAUGCUGAUAUUAAAUGGCAAGUAAAGAAAAACGAUAUCGACGUUAGAGUCGAUGCUGAUUUGGGUUUCAACAACAAAAAGCUGAAGUUAGACUCUGGAUUAAUAGCCAAACCAGAUAACAUUGACAACCAUGUACAAUUGCUCGCUAAUGGAGUUAAGUACCUAGACUAUAAUUUGAAGAUUAACCGCGGUUCUAGCCAUAACGGUAAUCUCCUUUUCAACUUGAAGAGUUAUUUAUUGGCUAACGGCCAGUUCUCCUACCAGAACGGUAAAGGUAACGGUAACCUCAAUAUUGACAUUCCUAAAAUUAGUAGAAAAAUCAAGGGAACUGGUGACAUUACCAUUAGUGGUAGCACACACGCCGGUAACUUUGAACUUGCUUACGAUGCUGAAAAAGAUCCCAACAAGAAGAUUAAGAUCAGUACUGUUACUGAUUUCACCAAAUCAUCUAUCGAAUCGAAGAAUAUCAUUGAAAUUCUAACCUAUAAGACCGAAGUCGAUUUCAAGGGCAAGCAUGCUGGUAGCCUGAUGAAUGGGCAUCAAGAACUUGAAGCUAGCGUUACUUUACCAAAUGGACGCUACGUUUCUUUAAAAGGAGAUCGUACUGUUGCCAAAAAAGACGAAAAUAUCGACGUCAACGCGCACUUUGAACUUGCCGAUCACAAAACCAAGGGUAACGAAAUCAAAAAAAUUAUUGGUAACGCCAAGGGAACUGUAUUCAACUUGAAGAACUAUCUUUUUGAUCUUUCCUACGACCUCAAAUACGUUCACUCUGAUGGCAAACAUUUAUCUGGCAAAAUCGUUCUUAAACAUACCGCUCAGCCAAAUUCUGACAAAAAGUCAGCUACCGUUGACAUUACGGGAUCUGGAAGCUUGAUUUCCACUUCGCAUAAUGCCCAUGUUACUGUUGUUUAUGAUCCAGAAAAUAUUUCAUUCAAAGGUUUGGCUUCUAGAGGCAAUGACUUGUCUAUAAAGAGCAACAUUGACAUUGUUCACGGAAACCAUGUUGACAAACCACACACCAUCAAAGGUAUAGUCGAAGCUAAAUUACCCAGCGAAAAAUUGAAAAAUAUCAAAUUUGAAAUAGAUGAAACAAUUCUUGAUAAAAAAGACGAUGACGGUGUUUUUGAAUAUUCUAAAUCCAAGACUCUCACUUAUAACGAUGACAAAACGAUUAAGCUUAACGUCAGAUACAAACACUCCGGGAAUAUGAACUUCGAUGACUUGGGCAGAUUUAAGCGUUCAUAUACUGCUAAUCUUAAGAUAUUGGACAAACCUGCGCUCACCAUAACCGAGGAAUAUGAUCACGAUUUAACCGGAGAUACAAAGAAAGCUCAUGAGAAGGGUAGUAUCAAAUUUGGAGAUAAGGAAGUAACUGGUGAUGUUCAAGCUCAAUGGAGCCCUGAAUUCAACAAGAUUGGUAUCAACGGUAAAUUCACAACACCGAUCGAGAAAUUGAAGAACAUUGACUUGCAGCUUAACCAUAAGCACGAUGACAAAUCAAGAAAAACUGACGUCACUGCUACAGUCGACGGCGUUAAAUAUACUCAAUCUACAGAAAUUAUCUUGGAAGGAACCCCUGGCAUUCACCUCAUUUUCACUUGUCCAGCUGGAACAACUGAACUGUUUGCCAAGUUCAAGACUCUUGGAGAGAACGAAUACUCUGGUGAAUACAAAUUAAGCACACCAAAAGGAUUCGUUGCCGUUGACGGACACGUCAAACUCGAUAGCGUCGACGACUUUGUUCUAAGCGUCAACUUUGAUAGUGACAAGUUCAAGUACCGCAAGAUGCACGUUGAAGUUGCUAAUAUGCCAAACUCUCAAGAUGGUAGAAGAAUUUUUGUUACGGUUACCAGUGAAGGCAAGAACCUUGUUACUGGCAGUACUAACUACAAAAGGCACGAGGAAGAAAAGAAGGUUACCCUCGAGGGUAACGGAAGCCUGCAAAUCGGCGAAAAUACCAGGAGCUCUUCCUUCAAAUACGUUCGUAAACAACUGACCAAGGAAACCGAUAAGGAAGUCGGAGUUGCCAUUAUGCUCAAUGCUAGUUUUGGACCAUCAGCUAUUGUUGGUGAACUGAAACUGUCCGACAAGGAGGUGCACGUAUUCAACAGCUACUGCGAACAGAGCAAGGACUGCGCUAACUUUAAACUGCACUCAACUCUUGACACUGACCACGUAUCUCAUUUCAAUAACAACUUGCAAGUGGAAGUCAAUCUUAAGAAAUUCAACGUGCCUGUUGAAUUUGGCAUUCAAGCCAGCACUAAAUACAGCGACUUUUCAUUUGACCACCAAGCUAAUCUUUAUCUACACUCUUCCAAGGAUCGUACUCAGUACACUUAUCACGUAUAUAGCAACAAGCGCGAAUCUGCUGCUGUCUUGUCACUCCCAAGCCGUGAGUUAGCUAUUGUUGCUUUCCAUGACUUGCCUGCCAAUAAACACUCUGGAGCUUACAAGAUCGAUAUUUCUCUAUACCUGGACAGAAAGAAUAAGCCUACCGAAAAGACCAGUCUUAUUUUCGCAGGAAACGUAAAUAUCGACAAAAACACUGUCGGCAUUAAGGGAGAAGCUAAGUUUGUCUACCCAACUCAGCCAAAGGAUAUGAUCGUCAAGGGAGACCUCAGUGUCAAACCUGGCCAAGAGCAACUGUUUGAUGCCAACUUCGACAUUGACUUGUUUGCCAACAAGAAUGAUAAGAUCACCGCCACUGCAAAGGUUACUCGUCACGAAGUACCGAAAGGACAAAACGUUACCGCUAUUUUUGGCUUGUUCAGCAAGGGUCAGAAAUUAGACGUCAAGUCGGACAACCACUUUGCUGUAUCUACCAAUUCUCUUGAUUAUGGAUCAUCUUUCUCUUAUACAGAUAAGAAUCAGAAACCAAAAUCUAUGGGUGCUUUCUUGCUAGUCAACCCACAACAACUCGAUAUCGACAUCUAUUUGCCUAAUAUACAACUUCUAAAGUCUCACGCUGAUAUUCAUGUUAGCAAAGACCUCCUGAAAUAUGAAGCUACUAGCCACUUCCUUGGUCAUGUUCCAACUUUGUUGGUAAUUGAAGUCAAGGAUUACAAUAGCUUCAAGCUUGACUUUGGUCGCAAAGGAGACAACGACAAGUUUGCCGCUCACGGUAAAUUUGUUUUUGGUCAACUUGCUGAACUUCAAGCUGAUGAUUUCAGAAAUGGCAAAAAGAAUGAGCUGUUACACGUCUUAAUCCACCUUGACGAGAACAAAUUCAUGAAACCCGACUUUGGAUACAAUGCAAAGAAUAUUAAGGAACUCGUUGACCAUGUUCGUCACGAGAUACGCGAACGUGCUGCUGAGCUCGGUCAGAUUGGCAAAACUGUAGGUAAUGAAGUCGCUGUUGAAUUUGGCGACUUAUUUGACCACUUGAAAAAGGCUCAACCAAGUUUGAAGUCGUUAGUUACUUACUAUCAUGAUGAAUUAGAAAAACUCAAAAGUGAACUACAGGCUGACGCAACCGUCAAGGAAAUCCAAGAUAUCUUUAAUAAGACCUUUGGCGGUAUAAUCGCUGCCAUCACUCAAACUCUUGAACAGUUUGCCGGGCGAUUCGAGGAUCUCAAUAACCAAUACAAUGAGAUCAUUCAUAAAUUGGAGGAUGUUGCUAAGACCAUUUAUCCAAGCCUCGUGCAAUCUUUUGAAUCAAUCGCGAAGGCUGUUAUAAGUAUUGUGGAAAGUUACGCCAAGUUGGUGACUGUCUUUGCAGAAGCUGCUUUGAAGAUCAUCAAUGAACAUCAAAAGGACAUUGAGGAGUUGAUCGGCGUUGUUUCCGACUUCGCUCAGGACAUCGCCAAAAUCAUUUUCAAGGGUAUCAGCCAGAUUGAGAAGGAAGUUAAAGAAUUCGUGCAACUAUUGAUACAACAGAUCCGAGCUCUACCAGUCUAUGAAAUGGCCAAAAACCUCUAUAGAGAGGCUCUGAACUACAAGCUGCCACCGUACAUCAUUCAACCAGUCGAAGAGUUCCUUAGUAACGUCAAGAACAUUUUGCCUACGCAGGAGCUCAAGGACUUCUUUACUACUCUCUACAGCUACAUUCUCAAGCACGUCAAACACGAAAAGAUCGACGACGCAAAUGAAGUAAAGAAGAUCUACACGCAAGCCCUCAAUGCUCUUCGUUCUGUUAUCGCAUUAUUACAGCACCACAUUACUGUUGAAAAUAUGUUCGGUUUCAUCGAAGCUCAAAUUCCUGUCGACGCGAGCUACCUAAGAAGAAUUCCGGGCCUUAGAACUAUCCGCUUCUCGAUUGUCAAGCUGCUGGUCAACCGUGAACUUCCAACUCUCGCGGAACUUUACUAUACCUACAGACCACACCAUUAUGCUGCAGACACCAUUCCUCCAGCCAAAAAAGACGCUUACUUCACCGACGGUGGUUACGUUAUCACCUUCGACAGCACUCAAUACAUCUUCGGAGGUAGUUGCAACUACAUUCUCGCUCAGGACGUUGUCGAUGGAAACUUUACCGUUGUCGGUGAGUACGCUAAUGGCAAUCUCGUUAGUGUUACCGUCACCGAGCCUGGCGAGAGCAUUACGAUCAAGAACAGUGGACACAUUUUGGUCAACAAUAAACCAGCCGACUAUCCAGCCACGACAAAGAAUCUCGAUGCCCACAUAACUGUACCAAUCAGACGUAUCAAUUCCAAGUAUGGUGCCAAGCUCGUUUGUACCACUGGCAGUUCCAUGGCCUGCUACCUACGUGUAUCCGGAUUCUACCACGCUAAGCUUCGUGGUCUGCUUGGAGAUGCGAACAAUGAACCAGCUGACGACUUUAUCCAACCUAAUGGAAAGGUUGCCGCCGGUACCGCUGACUUUGUUAACGCUUACAAACUCAACCCAUCUUGUGGUGCUGCCACGGUCAAAUCUGGCGAGGCUCCACGAUCGCCCGUCUGUACCAAGUACUUUACUGGAAAAUCAUCCCUAAACUCGUGCUUUAACUAUGUCGACCCCAAAUCGUAUCGUGCCGCUUGUGAUCAGCUCGUCGCCGAUGGUGUCAAGUUCGGAGCUUGCGCAGUUGCCCAAACGUACGUGACAAACUGCUUCAUGCAAAACAUCUUUAUCAAUCUGCCCAACGAUUGCGUCCAAUGCAAAGUUGGCGAUGACAACGUCAAUGGCGGAGACAGCUUCAGCGUGAAGACACCAAAGAAGCAAGCCGACAUUAUUUUUGUCGUGGAACAAGAAGCUGACAAUGAGAAGGCUUUCAAGACCCUUGUCAAGCCAAUGAUCAACGAAUUGAGGACGGAAUUGAAACAGCAAGGAAUAACCGAUGUCUUCAUCGGUCUCGUCGGUUUCGGCGAAGGCAUGGACUACGCCAUGCAUUACACGUCAAACAAUAACAUAAACAUCGAGGGUGGCGACGUCAACAAUAUGAAAUUCACAAAUGCUCGUGAACCCGUGAUCACACUGCAAGAAGCCAAGGAAGACAAACAAGGACACAAGAAAGUUGAGUUCCUCAGACAAAGGCUCGCCGUUGAACUUGGUACCUCCAAGAUCGCCAAUGCCUUUGAAGAUGCCAUAAGGUAUCCAUUCAGAGCCGCUGCUUCUAAGGCUGUUAUCGGUCUCAUUAGCUCGAAUUGCGAAAAGAGUGCGUUCUCGCCGAUCUCCUUCCAAGACUACAAGAUGCUUCUUGGCCGUGACAUUACCUCGAAAAUGGGUCUGACGUACUACCACGUUUCGCCACUAGCCGACCUCGAGGUCUCCGGCAAGCCUGCAAAGACUGUCGUUGGUUAUGACGCCGAUCAGGUUUACACGUUCGCCGAUAACAAGGAGAAACCCCUUAAAGGCAGCUCCGAAAUGAAGAGUAACCUGCAUCUUGGCCACGGCGACGUUUGCGCUAAAUUUGCUGUUAGCACCGGCGGCGCGGCAUUCAGCUCGCACAACUUCCUGGAAGCCAAGCCCACUCAGCAGUCCCAAUUCAUCAAAGUAGCAGCCAGGAAAAUCGCCGAAGAUUUGACGCAAGUCGAGCUCGAGCAGGACUGCGUUUGCGCCGCCGAUACUAGCUACGGUUAUACCGCCCAGGUGGUGAGCCGGCCACAUUGCAAAGUCACCGCACGCAACGACAAGAGGCACAAGGCCUAAGCUAACACAGCGAUAUACGACUGACAAAAUACGAAUUCUCGCUCUCUCAUACACGCAUUCUCAUACUUUGUAUUGUUUGUUUUUUUUUUAUUGCUACUAUUACUACUUUUUUUUUAAACUAUUAUUAUUAUUAUAAUUAUUAUUAUUAUUAUUAUGUCGCGACGGUCGCCUCUCCAAAUGUAUUGUGUCCCGCGCGUAAUGUGUAUAUAUACGACCAGCUUGAUGAAUAUAUAUUAGAAGAGAGAGAUUAAAGCGAGGACUGUCGCGGGUGAUUCGGCAAAUUUUCUUUUUUCCUGUUUCGACUGAACCUUAUUUUUAUAUAUUACAAUGAAGCGAUAAUCCUUGCAACUCAACGCACACAAAUGUUUGUUUUUUUUACUGCUAUUACCUUGUUCGCCGAGCACUGAUUGAUACGCGACGACGACACUGUGAACUCUGUGAAUAAUAAAUAUUAAUAAACAAAA